UUCCCUGAGCUGCUGUUUGAGGAAGAGACUGAGCAGUGUGCAGAUCUGUGCCUGAGGCUCCUGAGACACUGUAGCAGCAGCAUCAGCACGAUAAGGUCGCAUGCGAGUGCCUCACUUUACCUUCUGAUGAGGCAAAACUUUGAGAUUGGGAACAACUUUGCCAGAGUGAAAAUGCAGGUGACCAUGUCUCUCUCAUCCCUGGUGGGGACAUCCCAGAACUUCAAUGAGGAAUUUUUGCGACGUUCCCUGAAGACUAUUUUGACAUAUGCUGAAGAAGAUCUGGAACUUAGGGAGACAACAUUUCCCGAUCAGGUCCAGGAUCUAGUGUUCAACCUGCACAUGAUCCUCUCUGACACAGUUAAAAUGAAGGAGCACCAGGAAGAUCCAGAAAUGCUGAUUGACCUGAUGUACAGGAUCGCAAAGGGCUAUCAGAAUUCCCCUGACCUGCGCCUGACCUGGCUGCAGAACAUGGCUGGGAAGCACUCCGAGAGGAGCAAUCAUGCUGAAUCAGCCCAGUGCCUGGUCCACUCCGCGGCCUUGGUGGCUGAAUAUCUGAGCAUGCUGGAAGACCGAAAAUACCUCCCUGUAGGGUGUGUUACAUUUCAGAACAUAUCUUCUAAUGUUUUGGAAGAGUCAGCAGUUUCUGACGAUGUUGUGUCACCGGAUGAAGAAGGCAUCUGCUCUGGAAAGUAUUUUACCGAAGCUGGGCUGGUGGGAUUGCUGGAACAGGCCGCAGCAUCUUUCUCCAUGGCUGGCAUGUAUGAAGCAGUUAAUGAGGUUUACAAAGUCCUUAUUCCUAUUCACGAAGCUAAUAGAGAUGCCAAGAAGCUAUCUACUAUUCAUGGUAAACUCCAAGAAGCAUUCAGCAAGAUUGUUCACCAGAGUACUGGCUGGGAG